AUGGGCUCCACGAACCCUGCCGAGGACAUCCCCGGCCAUGCUCUGGACAUCACGGUCCUUGGUCUGAACAGUGGCACGUCGAUGGACGGCAUCGACUGCGCCCUGUGCCGAUUCCGUCAGGAGACCCCCGAGUCGCCCAUGCACUUCGAGCUGCUCAAGUAUGGGGAAAUUCCGCUGGAGCCGGUGAUCAAGAAGCGGGUCAUGAACAUGAUCUUGCACAAUCACACCUCGCCUUCCGAGCUGUCAGAGGUCAACGUGAUUCUGGGCGAAACAUUUGCCAACGCGGUGCACCAGUUCUGCAAGGACUAUCAAGUUGAUAUCAACUCGAUCGAUGUGCUGGGCUCUCAUGGACAGACGAUCUGGCUGCUCUCGAUGCCAGAGCCGGGCGAGACCCGCAGUGCCCUGACGAUGGCCGAGGGCUCGUUCCUGGCCUCGCGUACGGGCAUCACUUCCGUGACCGACUUCCGUGUCAGUGACCAGGCAGCCGGGCGCCAGGGUGCGCCGCUGAUUGCGUUCUUCGAUGCUCUGGUGCUGCACCACCCGACCAAGCUGCGGGCGUGCCAAAACAUUGGCGGCAUCGCCAACGUGUGCUUCGUCCCGCCGGAUACGCAUGGCGGCGUGGAUGCCUGCUAUGAUUUCGACACAGGCCCGGGCAACGUGUUCAUCGAUGCCGUGGUGCGCCACUAUACCAACGGCGAACGCGAGUACGACAAGGAUGGCGAGAUGGGUGCCCGCGGCACCGUCGACCAGGAGCUCGUGGACGACUUCCUGACGCACAAGUACUUUGGCCUGGAACCGCCCAAGACCACAGGCCGGGAGGUCUUCCGCGACACGCUGGCGCACGAGCUCAUCCAAAAGGCCGAGGCCAAGGGCCUCAAGCCCGACGACGUCGUUGCCACCAUCACCCGGGUCACCGCACAGGCCAUCGUCGACCACUACCGUCGCUACGCGCCCAAGGACCUGGAAAUCUCCGAGUUGUUCAUGUGUGGCGGUGGUGCCUACAACCCCAACAUCACUGCCUUCAUCCAGCAGAACUACCCCAACACCCGCAUCUUCAUGCUCGACGAUGCUGGCAUUCCGGCGGGUGCCAAGGAGGCCAUCACCUUUGCUUGGCAGGGUAUGGAGGCAGUAGUGGGCCGCUCGAUCCCCGUCCCCACGUGGGUCGAGACCCGCCAGGACUAUGUCCUCGGUAAGGUGGCCCCCGGGAAGAACUACCGCAAGGUUCUGCGGCACGGCAUGCUCUUUGGGGCAGGUCGAGACUACCUGGCCCCCGUCAAGGAGCUAGUGAACUACGUGAAUGGGAAGGUCUUUGAGAACAAGUGGUAG